GUGUUUGCUUACGAUCACUGCUUUUGGUCUAUGGAUGAAUCUGUCAAAGAAAAAUAUGCAGGUCAAGAUGUUGUUUUCAAGUGCCUUGGAGAAAAUAUCCUUCAGAAUGCCUUUGAAGGUUAUAAUGCUUGCAUCUUUGCCUACGGGCAAACUGGAUCUGGAAAAUCAUACACGAUGAUGGGUACUGCUGACCAGCCUGGAUUAAUCCCUAGACUUUGCAGUGGACUCUUCGAAAGAGCACAGAAAGAGGAAAAUGAAGAGCAGAGUUUCAAAGUGGAAGUAUCCUACAUGGAGAUAUACAAUGAGAAAGUCAGAGAUCUUCUUGACCCAAAAGGAAGCCGUCAGUCGUUAAAAGUUAGAGAACACAGUGUUUACGGUCCUUACGUAGAUGGCCUAUCCAAACUAGCUGUUGCUAGCUACAAG